GCAUAUCCGGGGACGACGUCCUGGACUGAGGGUGUUCGCGGGGACACCCUGGUCACCAGCGAGUGCGUCGGCCCAGCCUGGAAGCAGGAACGAGUCUAGGCACAAUCUGGGAAGAAGGACUGGUCGCGCCACCGUGCAUAAGUGGCCCUGUCGUGGGCAGUGGUCGCGCGCGCGCCUAAGCCCCCGGGUCCGAAGGCGGGGGCCCGCCGAUCCACCCCGGGCGGAUUAGGGGCGGGGCCGCCUCCCGCAAGUCGCGUAGAGCCACCUGAGCCGGAGCCCGGAGGACGCCGUCGCUCCCUGCUGUCCGAGUCCCGCGCGCCGCGAUGGGUCGGGGGAGCCGGCCGGCCGCCCAGCUGGGUGCGCUGCUGCGCGCGUUGCUGCUGGUCGUGUUGCUGCUGCUUCUGCUACCGCCGCCUCCGACUCGGGCGCUCGCCCCUCGAAUCAGCCUGCCUCUGGGCUCUGAAAAGCGGCCAUUUCUCAGAUUUGAAGUUGAAAACAUCUCCAACUACACGGCCCUUCUACUGAGCAGAGAUGGCAGGACACUGUACGUGGGGGCCCGAGAGGCCCUCUUUGCCCUCAACAGCAGCGUCAGCUUCCUGCCAGGAGGGGGCUACCAGCAGCUCCUGUGGAGCGCAGACGCGGAGAGGAAACAGCAGUGCAGCUUCAAGGGCAAGGACCCACAGCGGGACUGUCAAAACUACAUCAAGAUCCUCCUGCCUCUCAACAGCAGCCACCUCUUCACCUGUGGCACAGCGGCCUUCAGCCCCGUGUGCACCUACAUUAAUGUGGAGAACUUCACUCUGGCCCAGGAUGAGGCAGGGAACAGCCUCCUGGAAGAUGGCAAGGGCCGCUGUCCCUUUGACCCCAAUUUUAAGUCCACGGCCCUGGUGGUUGAUAGCGAGUUGUACUCUGGAACCGUCAGCAGCUUCCAGGGGAAUGACCCGGCCAUCUCCCGGAGCCAAAGCCUCCGCCCCACCAAGACCGAGAGCUCCCUCAACUGGCUACAAGACCCAGCAUUCGUGGCCUCAGCCUAUAUUCCUGAGAGCCUGGGCAGCUUGCAAGGGGACGACGACAAGAUCUACUUCUUCUUCAGCGAGACUGGCCAGGAGUUUGAGUUCUUUGAGAAUACCAUUGUGUCGCGCAUCGCCCGUGUGUGCAAGGGCGACGAGGGGGGCGAGCGGGUCCUGCAGCAGCGCUGGACCUCCUUCCUGAAGGCCCAGCUGCUGUGCUCACGGCCUGACGAUGGCUUCCCGUUCAAUGUGCUGCAAGACGUCUUCACGCUGAGCCCCAGCCCCCAGGACUGGCAGGACACCCUCUUCUACGGGGUCUUCACAUCCCAGUGGCACAGGGGGACCACAGAGGGCUCUGCCAUCUGUGUCUUCACCAUGAGGGAUGUGCAGAGGGUCUUCAACGGGCUCUACAAGGAGGUGAACCGUGAGACGCAGCAGUGGUACACCGUGACCCACCCGGUGCCCUCGCCUCGGCCCGGCGCGUGUAUCACCAACAGUGCCCGGGAAAGGAAGAUCACCUCGUCUCUGCAGCUCCCCGACCGUGUGCUGAACUUCCUCAAGGACCACUUCCUGAUGGACGGGCAGGUCCGCAGCCACCUUCUGCUCCUGCAGCCCCGGGCCCGCUACCAGCGUGUGGUCGUCCACCGCAUCCCUGGCCUGCACCGCACCUAUGAUGUCCUCUUCCUGGGCACCAGUGAUGGCUGGCUGCACAAGGCGGUGAGCGUGGGCUCCAGCGUGCACAUCAUCGAGGAGCUGCAGAUCUUCUCGCCAGGACAGCCUGUGCAGAACCUGCUCCUGGACCCUGACAGGGGGCUGCUGUAUGCUGCCUCGCACUCAGGCGUGGUCCAGGUGCCUGUGGCCAACUGCAGCCUGUACCAGAGCUGUGGGGACUGUCUCCUUGCCCGGGACCCAUACUGCGCUUGGAGCGGCUCCAGCUGCAGCCACAUCAGCCUCUACCAGCCUGAGGUGGCCUCCAGGCCUUGGAUCCAGGACAUUGAGGGGUCCAAUGCCAGGGACCUCUGCAACACUUCCUUGGUCAGAGGCCGGUCUUCUGGACCAAGAGGCGAGAAGCCAUGUGAGCAGGUCCAGUUCAAGCCCAAUACAGUGAACACCUUGGCCUGCCCUCUCCUCUCCAACCUGGCAACCCGGCUCUGGCUGCACAACGGGGCCCCCGUCAAUGCCUCGGCCUCCUGCCGCGUGCUGUCCACGGGGGACCUGCUGCUGGUGGGCAGCCAGCAAGAGCUGGGCUUGUUCCAGUGCUGGUCGCUGGAGGAGGGCUUCCGGCAACUGGAGGCCAGCUACUGCCCGAAGGUGCUGGAGGACGUGAUGGCAGACCAGGCAGACCGGAGCAGCGGCGUGCCUGUCAUCAUCAACACGUCGCGGGUGAGCGCGCCGGCUGGGGGCAGGGCCAGCUGGGGUGUGGACAAGACCUACUGGACCGAGUUCCUGGUGAUGUGCGCACUGUUCGUGUUCGCCAUGGUAUUCCUCAUUUUAUUCUUCCUCUACCGGCACCGGGGCGGGAUGAAAGUCUUCCUGAAGCAGGGCGAGUGUGCCAGCGUGCACCCCAAGGCCCGUCCUGUGGCGCUGCCACCUGAGACCCGGCCGCUCAACGGCAUGGGCCCUCCUAGCACUCCACUCGACCACCGAGGCUACCAGGCCCUGUCGGACAGCUCCCCGGGACCCCGGGUCUUCACGGAGUCAGAGAAGAGGCCACUCAGCAUCCAGGACAGCUUUGUGGAGGUGUCCCCAGUGUGUCCCCGGCCCCGGGUCCGCCUGGGUUCUGAGAUCCGGGACUCUGUGGUGUGAGAACAGACUUCUAGAGGCGGCCUCCCUCCAGAGGCCAGGAGGGCUCAGAGGGGGCCGGCUGGGCCUCUGCUCCUCGUGGGACACAGCUGUGGUGUCCAGCUCUGGGAACCAUGGAGCCAGCCAGCCUGCUGCCAAGUGGCCAGGCCCCCACGGUCCCAGAUGGCCAUGGUCCCACAGGUCCUGGCUGGAGAUGGGAGCCUGCCCCAGCGGGCGGAACAGUGCUCCUUAUGUAAACUGAGCCUUUUGUUUAAAAAGUUGAAAAUGUGAAAAGAGAAGGCUACUUAUGGAGCCAGCCCCGGUCAUGGCUCCUCGGCCUUGUGCUGUUGGGACCAUCCAAGGUGACUGUUAGAAAUCCCUCCCCCACUGGCCUCUUCCACCUCCUGCCUCCCCCUGCUGCCACGGGGCUCACUGCAGAGCCGGCCAUGUUGUGGCAGCCAUCAUCCUGUCACCUCAGGGACCGGAGGGCCACACUGGUACUGCAGCCCUCACAAGGCCCCGGCUUUGGACUCACCUCCUGGACCCUUCCGGCCUGUAUCAGGCUGUGGCCACACAAGGGAGGGCUGCGUGGGCCCAGGAGAGAGUGUAUGACAGUGACCACCUUCCCUUGGAAAUGGAGGAGAGACUGCCAACUUCCUGUCUCCAUCCCAGCCUGCAAGCCUGUGUGUCACUCCCCGCCCCCUCCCCAGCCUCAUCUGCAGACCCAGCCUCUGGUUCACCCCACACCCUGCCAGCCUCCAUUCUAGGUGAUUUUGAUACUCCCAGCACUGGGGUGCUGACUUUGUAUGGGUUUUAUAAUUUUUUUAAAUAAAAUGCACUUUACUUUUUUUUUUUUU